GUCUGCAUAAGAAAGCAGCUCCACCCUCGAGCUGCUUGCGGACCGGACAGCAGCAGAAAAAGAAACAAUUAAAAAAAGAAUCGCGUCCUGAUUUGGAUUUAACUUUGCGUGAAGAACCGAGUCUUCACCGGUGCACCGACUGCGCAACCUGGCUUCCAUCACGUCCCUCCUCUGGCUCUGAAACCGACCGUCAUGCUCUCCCCGGGACUCUCCGUGUCUCUCCUGGCUGUGUCCUGCGCGCUGUGGCCGCCUGCGGUCCGGGCGGCGUCCUGCGAACCGGUGCGGAUCCCGCUGUGCCGGUCCAUGCCGUGGAACAUGACCAAAAUGCCAAACCACCUCCACCACAGCACGCAGGACAACGCGGUUCUGGCCAUCGAGCAGUUUGAGGGACUUGUGGGUACUGGCUGCAGUCCGGAUUUACUCUUUUUCCUCUGUGCCAUGUAUGCUCCCAUCUGCACCAUCGACUUCCAACACGAGCCCAUCAAACCCUGCAAAGCUGUGUGUGAGCGGGCAAAGUACGGCUGUGAGCCAGUGAUGAAGCGUUACAAUCACAGCUGGCCUGACAGCCUGGCCUGCAGCGAGAUGCCUCUGUACGACCGUGGAGUCUGCAUUUCACCUGAGGCCAUCGUCAAGGCAGAGGGGCCAGAUCCCUUCUACCAAGACCCAUCCAGGUGUAACUCAGAAUCCAAUUCGGACACCAACAACCUCAACUGUAGGGGACCAAACAGAGAUCGCUGCAGAUGUAAGACGGUCCGAAUGGGUCAGAAAACCUACCUGAAGAACAACUACAACUAUGUGAUCCGGGUGAGGGUGAAGGAGGUGAGGAAUCGCGGCUUGGAGCCCACAGCAGUGGUAGAUGUGAAGGAGGUGCUCAAGUCCUCUCUGGUCAACAUUCCUAAGGAGAUGCAGACUCUCUACUAUUCAUCCUCCUGUCUGUGUCCUCCUCUGGCUCCUGGGGAGGAGUACCUUAUUAUGGGCUACGAAAAUGAGGAGACAUCCAGGUUGCUUCUGAUUGACGGCUCCAUUGCUCAGAAGUGGAAGGACAAAAUGAGCAGGAAGGUGAAGAGAUGGGACGAAAUCCUGCAGUCGAGGGGCCGAGCACCUUCUCGCCGGAGUCGCCACUGAGACCUUGUGUGUGUGUGUGUGUGUGUGUGUGUGUGUGUGUGUGUGCGUGUGUGAGAGAGAGAGAGAGGAUGAGUGAGUGUGUGUGUGUGUGUAGAUAUUGCACUAUCACAGGCUGUUGUAGCUGAAUGUAGUUCAUUUCUUCAUCUAUUAGACUGUUUGGAGUCAGCUGUUUUUCAUUUAUUUCUUUGCACAAACAUUAUUCAGUGUGUAUUUGUUAGUGUGUGCUUGUGUGUGUGUUUGUGUGUGUGUAUAUGCAUACACCUUAAGCACUCAGUUAAGAUGAGAGGGGGGUGGAGCUUUAAAGCUGUUGUCCUGGACCUAUGCACAGCCAAAGAGUAAAUGUAGGACCUUUUUUAUUUUUUAUUAUUAUUUUUUUUUUUAUUUCAGGACCAAAUUCUUAUUUCUGUGGCAGCCAUGUUGGCCACGCUGCUCUUCUCUUUGAUUCUGGUUUUUAAUAACCCUGAAAGUCGGUUAUCAUAAUGCGGUGAUGCAAUGGAGGACAUUUAAAUGAAACAAAAGCCAUGUCAACUUUGAUAGGAUGGAUCUGUAGCCAUGACCUGGACUUCAAUGACCUCUGCAGGAAAUGACAGCAGCAGCAGAAGAACAGUAAUGCGAACAACGAGCAUAGCAGAAAAGGCAACAAGACAUUCAGCUGUGGGCAGAUGGAUGAAACAGAUCAAGGAACCCAAGAUGUCAGGGGUCCACCUGACCCAGGGUCACAACCUCCUUCUGAAAUGACUUUUUUUAUGUGCAUAUACAAGUGCAAAGAGAUGCAAAACAAAUUACAAAGCAAAGAAAAUAUUUUUAAAAAAACAUGCAACUUUUAAAAGGUGCACAAAAUAAUUAUAAGUAGGUGCAAAAUAAGGAAAGCAUAAAAAGAAAAUUAUGAAGAUAGAAAAAUACAAUGAUUAGCAACAAAAUAAAACACAAAAUCACUGCAGAGAUCUUUAUUAUAAAUACAAAACAGGCUGAUUGUAGAGAUAUAAAAAAGCACCACAAAAUGUUUAUAAAAUGGUGGAAAUUGGCAAAAAAAAAAAAGGUAAAAAGCACUUAAAAAGACAUAAAAACAAUAUAAUAACCAGCUUCAAAAUACACACACACACACACACACAAACUCUACUAUUCAAAUUAAUACAAAGUAUAAGAUAACAUACGAUCAUAAUAUGGCAGUAAAAAUAUAACUGCCACAAAAAAACACUAAAUGACAAUAACGACUUAGAAAAUAAAAAAAAGUAGAAAACAUAAAUAGUAACGGUGUUCACAAAAUUACUACAGGAGUUCAAAAUGACUGCAAACAGAUGCAAAACACAACAAAUAACUGAGGAUACAAGAAAAUCAUAAAUAAACAUUCAGCUACUUCAAAAGGGACAAAAUUAUAAUUAAGGUGCUAAUCAGCUUCCACAGAUUUGGGUCAAACAAAAAUCAGCAACACAAGACAAAAGAGGCACAAAAAACACUGUAGUGACGCAGCAUGUGUAAACAGACAAUAGAGUGAGACAGUAAAAGAAACAGGAAGUGUCUCUCAGAUACCUAACACACCAAAUAAUAGAAAGACAUGAAGUUAUUGCAAAUGAGUUAAAGUUUAUUGGCCUUUUUCACGCGUCUGUGCACAUGGAGUUAUUUUUGUCUGCAUCAUCCAUGGAUCUUUGUGUAGUUUAACAUUUAUCUGGCAAAAAUCUAUAGUUAGGAAUAAGAAAUGUGACUUCUUUGUGAGGUUAAUCCAUAAACUGCAUAUUAAAGAUGGAUGUCUGAAAAAUUAA